AUGGACAGGAAACAGAAUUUGAACCGAGCCGAGACGUUCUCCUUCGUCAACCCCUGGAUCAGAUAUUUUCUCUUCUUCUUCAGCUUCUUAUUUUGGGUUUUCUCCAUGUUGAUUGUUGCCAUCGGGGUGUAUGCUCAAGUCCAGAAAGCUACAGACACGGUGCGGGACACGUUCCUGAUCGACCCGGCCGUCAUCCUAAUUGUGGUGGGGGUGGUCAUGUUCUUCAUCACUUUCUGUGGUUGCAUCGGAGCCCUCCGAGAGAACAUUCGCCUCCUCAAAACAUUCUCCUUCAGCCUGACAUUGGUCUUCCUCACUCAGCUUGCAAUAGCAGUUCUGGGCUUCUUCUACUCUGAUCAGACUCGGGAUGCUUUGGGAAAGUUCGUGAAGAAAGCCAUUGUGCACUACAGGGAUGACUUGGAUCUGCAGAACCUGAUGGAUUACAUCCAGAAAGAGUUCAAGUGUUGUGGGUGGAACAACUACACAGACUGGUCUUGGAACCUGUACUUUAAUUGUACACAUGAGAACCCCAGCUCCGAGCGCUGUGCCGUGCCUUACUCCUGCUGCACUCCUGUUCCUGGAGAGACGGUGAUCAACACGAUGUGCGGUUUUGGGGUUCAAACCAAGAGCCACCUGGAGGCGAACAAGUCAAUCUACCCUGUAGGCUGCGUGGACAAAGCAGUGACGUGGAUCGAGUCUCAUCUGUUGCUGGUUGGCGCUCUCGCCUUGGGCCUGGCCUUGCCUCAGAUUGCAGGCGUCGUGCUGUCCCAGAUCCUGGUCUCUCAGAUCCAAGAUGAGAUUACCUCAGCGUUGUGA